UCAUCCACACCGCUGUUGUUGCAGCCAUUUUACCGUGGAGCGUCGGCACAGCGGCGACCGGAGGAUGCCGAGACAGCGCCGUUAAAAGAACCACAAACAUGGCUGACGCGGCACGAGGUCCCGUGGUUGGCCGGCCAUUGGCGUUCACCAAUGAGGAGCGGCGGGCGGUUCACUCCUGGUCCCGGAUCUCGUCGGCAGGACACAACGUCCUCCUGGAUGCCAUGAAGAUCCUCAGCCCGAUGUCCCGGGACCUGUCGAGCACCGAGGAGCUGGUGAGCUUCCUGCAGGAGCUGAGCGAGGAAGGACAUAAGCCCACCGUGCUGCGCAGCAAAGACGUCUACGGAUACCGAUCCUGCACCAACCAGCCGCUGACCGAGGACAUGCUGAAGCCGCUCAGCAGGAACGUCAGACCCACCGCCAAGAGGAAGGGCAGGCGACCGCUGGCCAAGAAGAGGGAGGUCCACCCGUCCUGGAUCACCUCCGAGAGGACCAGCCCCCGGAUUCAGGGGGUUCGACCGCCGGAGCUGCUGGUGGACCAUCGGCCCGUCAUCUGCAGCCGGACGCCCAGCCGGAUGCUGGACAGGUCGCCGGUGGAGCAGCCGUGCCUCAGACUGACCAACAUCGAAGGUCUGUCCGGCUUCCACACGGCCAGACUGCAGAUCCACACCACCUGGGACUCGGAGGCCUCUGCUGCCUUUCCGCAGCAGCAGCACCCGUCAACGCUUUCAGGAAUACCUUCACAGCCUUCUCAGAAUGGUGGCGUGGCGCCCACCAAAGCUGUGGCCUUGUUCAGCCAGAAGAGCCUGUCCUGCCCCAUCCGGUUGGACGGCGCCCUCAUCGGAGACUCAGCGCCGGUGUUCUACGCCAAUGGCCGGGCGUUUCCUCAGACUCUCACAGAGCUGCCCAGCAACGGCUGGAGGAGCAACGGCCUCCACCGGGACGCCCGAGGCCCAAAGGACCUGAGCCCGCCGACCCGGCAGAGAAGCAGCUGGAAGGACAAGAACAGUUUUAGGUGGAAGGUGAUAAAGGUGGACGACUCGCGCUCGGUGGCCGAGGCCUGCAGGAAGGCCCAGAAGAUCCUGCAGGUCAAUCUGUCUCCGGUGAUCCAGAUCCAACCUCUCAACCACGUCCUCAGAGACUUCAGAUACCAGAACAAGUGACGCCUCCAUGUUUCCUGUAGAUGUUAGUGUUUCCAUUCGUUAGCCUCCACUGGCAGUCCCUGUUGGUCCCAGAGGGUUCUGUGAUCGCUGCUGCUGCUGGCGGAUGGAGGUCGGUGGAGGUUCUGGUUCUGACUCGGGCUGAAAGGCAUUUGAAGUGAGGUGAUGCUUUUCCUAGCAGGCUGGGAAAUAACUGUCAAUGUUAGUUUACGCCCGACAAUGUUUCAACCAAACAGGAUUCUGCUUUAGCUGUUUGUCUGGUGAGGAACCAGAAUCCACUGGAUCGGUUCUGUGACUGUCAAGAACCACCCAGUCCAGAACCUUUAUCUACUGACCAGAGUUCUACCUUCAGACUGUGAAUGUUCCAGAGUUCCAGGUCCUUGAAGACCACAGAGGAGGGUCUAUA